AAAAAUUAUAAUUUUGAAUUAUUUCUUCAGUUUUAAAAAAAGUUGACAAUGUCUUUUGUACCGUUGUGGAAGAAAUAUAAAUACAUAUACGAUCUACCGUAUGUCGAGCGCGUAGAAUUGUGCAAUAUAUUGAACAAAAGUCAAAAAUGGGAAGAUCUUGCUGGCAGGGGGAUGCAGUUCAACAUGCAGAUAAUCGAAGCUCUCAGAAGAGAAGAAGACCCGGUAGAUAAAUUAUUAAGUUUGUGGAGUGAUUACAAUCACACGAUUCUCGAGCUGUUCACUUUGCUGAUCAGAUUCCAACAGAUACAAGCAGCAGAUCUAUUGAAGCCUUUCGUUGACGAGAAAUAUUAUCAUGUGUCGGCGAAGAAAGGAAAUGACCUUGCUGGGUCAUUAUUUAAUUCGCUGCCACAUGUAUCAUUUGAAGAGCUUACUGCAGCGACAGGCGGCUGGAGCAGAGAUCAAAUUUUGGGCAAAGGUGGUUUUGGUGUAGUUUAUAAAGGUAUAUGGAAGAACACAGAGGUCGCAAUAAAGAGAUUAGGCCGAAAAGAGUUAACUGACAGUGAAAGUUUCGCACUCGAGCAAUCAUUCAGAGAAAUAAAGAUUCUUCAUUCACGGCCUCAUGAGAACAUCCUUCCACUGUACGCGUUCAAUCUCAGCGGACCUGCUCCUUGUCUCGUGUACAAAUUUAUGGCAAACGGGUCGCUUGAUGACUGGCUGACGCUUCACGAUGGUAGGUCGCCUGCCCUGACCUGGCUUCAGCGUCACGACAUCGUAAAAGGCAUCACCAGAGGGCUGCAAUAUCUGCACACUAUCGGCGAGAGACCUCUAAUUCAUGGAGACAUAAAAAGCGCUAAUAUUUUGUUAGACAAAAAUUUCGAGCCCCGGAUUGGAGAUUUCGGUUUGGUUCAGGAAAAACCCAAUGAAGAUUCUCCCAAAGUUAAAAAACUGCAAGGAACCAAGUCAUAUUUACCGGAAGAUUUUUUAAGAACAAAGAUUCUUUCCACAAAAGUUGAUGUCUACAGCUACGGCAUCGUUUGCUUGGAAAUGGCGACAGGGUUGACAGCUUACGAUUCCUCCAGAUCAGAAAACAAACUACUCAGGGAUUAUGUUAGCGCUUGGAGUGAUAAGAACAGCUUCGACCUGAGGGAUAGGAAAGCUGGUGAUAAAAACAAGCAAAUAUUUUACCACUUAUUUCAGCUGGGGAGAUGGUGCUCCAGUAAGUUCGCUAAAGAUAGACCUGAAAUGGAGGAUGUUUUUAAUGAAUUGGAUGAUAUAUUAUAAUUAAUUUUUUACAAACAAAUAAAUAUUUUCAUUAGUAAUAUAAUAUUAAAUUAUACUGAGAAAUCGAUUUAAAUAACACAGAAAGUAUAGAAGCAAGUUAGUUGGUGUAAUAAAUAUUAUUUUUCAAGUA